AUGAAUCAACAACGACCUCUCAACCUCUUCUCUUCUGUUGUGUUGACUCUUGCAGUGGUAACAACCUUCACUCUCCUCAUUCAAACUUUAAUGACUUCCUUUGUCACAGCUGCUUUCCCAGCAUCCAACAUUUACAUCGCAGGAGGUGGUUCUUCGUUAUCGGAAGGAGUACAUAAAUCUCUGAGUCAACAAUUUUCCAUCAAUCACUUUAAAAACAACAUUGAACUCACUUACAAUCCAGUAGGAAGUGGAACUGGAGUUACCAAUUUACUUCCAUUCACAAGUAAUCCAUUUGAUUAUGCGGGAAGUGAGGUCAUUCCUUCCAACAAUCAAUACAAUCAAGUACCAGGUCUUCAAGUCAUUCCAUUCAUUGGAGUGAAUGUGUUGGUGGUUUACAAUUUACCAGAAUUAUCAAGUUCUGAAAGAUUGAUUUUGGAUCGAAAGUUAUUGGUAGACAUCUUUUCAGGAAGAAUUUCUAAUUGGAACGAUCCAUCCAUUGCUGCAUUAAAUCCAUCGAUCGCCUCUAAAUUACCAAAUCAACCCAUUAAGCGUGUGGUGAGAUCGGACUCUUCGGGUACCACUGAAUUAUUCACCAGUGCAUUGACCGCUUUUGCAGCAGCAUCGAAUGGAGCCACCACAUGGUACCUCGGAACUGUCCCACUUCCCUCAGCAUGGCCCAAUGAAACUCCCAUCAACAUUUCCAAACAGAAAGGAAGUUCUUCAUUAGGAAAUUAUGUCCUUCUCAAUCCCUAUACCAUUGGUUACAAUACACCAGAUGCUAUCAUUGAACAAACUUCUGCCUUAAUCAUUAAUGCUGCUGGAAAGGCUGUUGCUGCUACGGAAGAAACAUGUAAAAGUGCCAUGUCUGAUUUCAAAGAUGCAUUCGAUAGUCGUUUUACUGCAAAUAUUGUCAAUGCACCAGGUGAGAACAGUUAUCCUAUAGCUGGUUACUCUUAUUUGAUUUAUAAGAGCAAGUCGAUGGAAGAAUGCAAUGCGGCCAAAGUUCUCUAUCGAUAUUUUAUGUUCUUGUACUCUUCUGAUGCUGAGAAUGUUAUAAUUUCCUCUACUUUUGUUCCAUUACCUUCUGAUUUACAGAGUAGAAUUAGAAAUGAAUAUUUGAGCAAGUGGAUUUGUUCUUCUUCAGAAAGUGUCGUCACCACAGACUCUGAUUUAGUGGCUCCCAUUUUGUUGGCUGUUUUCGGUGGAUUCAUUGCUUUGACCAGUCUGGGCAUUGUGGCAUAUAUUGGAAUUAAUUCGUACGUUAAAAAGAGAAAAGCAUUGGGUGAACCCAUUUCAGAGGAGUAA